CGGCGGCUCGGACGCUGCGGGGUGGCGGAGCCGAGGGAGCGGUGCAGCUCUGCCUCGAGGCCGCGCUGUGGGAGGCAAACGCCAGGACGGAUGGAAACAGGACUCAAGGACUCUUCCAGAAUGCCCGAGGGAAGCUCUCCCAGGCGGACCCCCCAGAACGUUCCGUACCAGGACCUCCCUCACCUGGUCAACCCUGACGGACAGUACCUAUUCUGCAGGUACUGGAAACCCGCGGGGACACCCAAGGCCCUGGUCUUCGUGUCACAUGGAGCUGGGGAGCACUGUGGCCGCUAUGCCGAGCUGGCCCAGAUGCUGGUGGGGUUGGACCUGCUGGUGUUCGCCCACGACCACGUCGGCCACGGACAGAGCGAAGGGGAGAGGAUGGUGGUGUCCGACUUCCACGUCUUUGUCAGGGACGUGCUGCAGCACGUGGACACCGUGCAGAAGGACCACCCCGGGCUCCCCGUCUUCCUCCUGGGCCACUCCAUGGGGGGCGCCAUCGCCAUCCUCACCGCGGUGGAGAGGCCAGGCCACUUCUCCGGCAUGGUGUUGAUCUCCCCUCUGGUCCUCACCAACCCAGAGUCGGCCACGACCUUCAAGGUCCUGGCUGCCAGAGUGCUCAACCUCAUCCUGCCGAACCUAUCCCUGGGGCCCAUCGACUCCAGUGUACUCUCUCGGAAUAAGACGGAGGUGGCGCUGUACGACGCGGACCCGCUUAUCUGCCGGGCGGGCCUGAAGGUGUGCUUCGGGACCCAGCUGCUGAACGCUGUCUCGCGGGUGGAGCGCGCCAUGCCCAGGCUGACGGCGCCCCUCUUGCUGCUCCAGGGCUCGGCCGACCGCCUCUGUGACAGCAGGGGCGCCCACCUGCUCCAGGAGCAAGAACAAGACACUGAAGGUGAGCGGCAGAUCUACGAAGGUGCCUACCAUGUCCUGCACAAGGAGCUCCCCGAGGUGACCAGCUCCGUCUUCCAGGAGAUCAGCACGUGGCUCUCCCAGAGGGUGGGCGCCGCGGGAGCCCGGUGCCCACCCUGAGGGCCCGCCGGGCAGAGCGGGCAGAGGUGCUUCUCAGGUGCGGCUCAGAGGGCAGUCAGGGACCGGAGGGCCCCGGCACCGUUGCUGCAGACAGACAUCCCACCACGGCUGGGCCACCGCCGGGGCUCCAGGGCGGCACGAGGAGGGCCGUGGCGCCAGGGCAGGUGCGAGGCUCCCCUUAAAACAGCAGGCCCUGCCAGCCUCUGCCCGCUGCCCGACUUCCUGGGAGUCCCGGUGCUCCCCGGACACCUGACGCAAUCAGGACGCAAACGGGUCCCCAUGCCGCCCCUUGCCCCACCCCUGCGCCCUCAGCCGUGUCACCAGCGUCUCCAGAGCCUGCCACUCCCCAGGGAGACUCGUGCCCCUCAGGGGCCCAGGAAAAGCGGGCAUCCCCCUGAACGAGCCACCACGCCCACCAGUGCCUGUUGGCCGCGCCUGGAGCAGGGCCUGGUCCUCCUGGCUGUCCUCCCUCCUGCAGCUGGGGGCGGGGGGCCCUGGUGCCAUGGGUGCCGUGUGUUCCCGGGGCUGUGGGGUAAGACCCCUCAUGCCCAGUGCAUGCUGGGAAGCAGAGCAGGGUGGGGGCGCUCGAGGGGCAGAGCCUGAUGAUGGGCAGGGCAGGCCUGUGGGAGCCCAGGGGCUGCCUGCAGUGGAGCCGUGGGCUGGGGGCCAAGCACAGCCACACAGCUACCUCCGGUGGGGUCCCCUGUGCCCGGCUGCCAGGCCCCGAGGAUAACAGCAGGGUCUACAGCACCGGUCUGCCCCAGGCCCUAGCCGGGCACUCACCGGGCAGCCCAGGGCCGGCACACCGCCCAGUUCAGAUGCAGCCCUCCCCGCCCCGCCCCGGCCUCCCUCAGUACCAGCAAUAAAUGGGACCCACGGCCCCCUGGGGACCCUCCGCCUUCUGGGCUGGGCUUCUGUGACCUCAGGAGGCUCCCGGGACGAGGGGUGUUGCCACACCGAGCCCCACAGGUGCAAUCCAGGCCCAGGGUGCAGGAGGCAGCCGCUCCCCCUGGCAUGAAACCAGGGGCUGGGCUGACCCUUCCUCCCACGGUGGGGACCACCACUGUGCCCCGUUCUUCCUGGGGCCCGAGGGCCGCCUUCCUCAAGGACCAGGCUCUACAUAGCUAGUCCCCAGGAGGGCCCCUUGGGGCCAGCCGGGGUUGUGCUGUCAGGCCGCAUGCCCCAGUGCCCACCCGGGCCUGCGGUGCUGCCCAGAUCCCCGGUGGCUUCCCGGCCAUGCCCUGCCUCUGUGGAGAGUGCACAGAGGGGACUGCGGGCUGCCACAGCCAGCAUCCCCAUGUGGCCGGCCCAUGGGGCGCAGCAAGCCCCUGCCUGUGCCACUAGCCCCCGCAGCGUGCGGUGGGGUGCAGCUCCAUCUGAGACGCGGCCCCUUCACACCUCCGGGAACCGGCUCUGGGACCUGGAGGGGUGCCGGGUCCACCAGCUGAGCCCGGGCCAUGGCAGAGUGGGCUCGUGCACAGGCACCUGCCGCCAGCCUUGAGGUGCGCCCCCACUUCCAUGCCGCCAGGGCUGCCCUGAUUUGCUGAGCUCAGAGCCCUGCCACGGUGGGGUCUUGGGGAGCUGAGGCCUGGGAGGGCUGCACUGGUUCACAGGGCGUGACCUCGAGGACGUACUGGGUGAGCAAAGGCCCGGAAGGGGACCCCGGCCUGGACAUGCACCACGGUCCCUGCCCCAAGGUGUGGCCAGUCCUCACAGCCUUGCUCCUAAGCUGCCGCCUGCAGCCCCAGCCCGCCCAGCCCGCCCAGCUCGCCCUUCCCCUCACGGAAGGGGGGCAACCUGUCUGCAGCACCGUCAGCGCUGGCGCAGGGCAGAGGGGUGCGCGGGCUCCCCGCCCCACUCAGCACCUGCCUCAGCCUGGCCGACCGCCUUCGUCAAUGUCACCACAGCUCAGCCCCUCCGUGUUGUACGCCGCUGGCGGGGAACAUGUGCCACACCAACCCGAAUAAACAUGUUUCUGAGC